CCUGCGCAUCGGUCCCGUUAUACUUAACCCGACCGCAUUAAAACGUCGCCGUCGUUUAUUAAUUUAAUCAGCUGAUUUAUACGUAUAAUAAAUCAGCUAAAAACACAUUUUUGGUUUUUAUUUUGUGAUGUGAAUUGAAAUGUACUGUGUAACUUAGUAAAAUGCACCCAGUGUUUGCGUUCAGUGUGACUUUGCAAUUUAGGACAGUUCAAAACUGCAGAAACUGUUACUAAAAUAUAGAGAAGAAUUCAUUGAAAGAAAUAAAAACUUUCUUCUCGGAUUAAAAACAAAAAAUGAAGUACAAAAAGAAGUUAGUGUUGUUUUCGCUGUUCGCCAUGAACUUGGUCGACCAGCCGGCGCCCGAGGUGGAAAUCGAACAAGGAAUUGUGAGCGGUAUCAUCAGUGCAGAUGGGUCGAUUUUAGAAUACAUUGGUAUCCCCUACGCUACAGCGAAUAGCAGUAAUCGGUUCCAGGAUCCGUAUCCACCACCAAAGUGGGAAGGUGUGUACAAAGCAAGAUAUGAGUAUACGUGUCCACAACACAUUCCGUGGCUUGGGGUUAUUGGUUCAGAAGACUGUUUGAAAAUCAACGUUUACGUACCAGCAAAGGCCCAAGCACCUCUUCCGGUCAUGGUCUGGAUCCAUGGAGGAGCCUUCAAACUCGGCAGUGGGGGGAAAAUGCUUUAUGGACCUAAAUUUCUAUUGAAAAAGGAUGUCAUCCUAGUCACAUUUAACUAUCGACUUGGCAUACUCGGAUUUUUAUGUUUGGGAAUAAAAGAAGCCCCGGGCAAUGCUGGAAUAAAGGAUCAAAUAGCUGCAUUGAAAUGGGUGAAAAAGAACAUCGCCAAAUUUGGUGGAGAUCCUGAUAAUGUAACAGUGUUUGGUGAAAGUGCUGGUGGCGCAUCGUCUUCUGUACUAUUAGCCAGUGAAGCAACUAAAGGUCUUUUUAAUAGAGUAAUAAUACAAAGUGGAUCAGUUUUAAGUGGUCGGGCAAUUAAUAGAAAUCCUGUAUGGGUAGCUAGUAUUAUUGCUAAGACAAUAGGUCAUGAAACUGAUGAUCCGAACAAAUUAUAUGAAAUAUUUGCGAAAGCUGAUUACAAAGAUUUAAUUGCAGUUAAUGCGAAGAAACCUUUGCACAAAUAUAGUGAUAGUCAAGUAUUAAACUUGCCAUGUGUUGAAAAGACCUUCGAAGGUGUCGAGCCGGCUAUUAACGAUUCACCAUACAAUCUUCUUAAAAAUAAGCCAAAAAAUAUACCAAUAAUUUAUGGUACGACCACUCAAGAAGGUUUUUUUUUACUGGCGGACGAAACAGAACAAUCGUUGCAAGAGAAAAAUGACAUGUUUUUAUUCGCAUCAGAUUUGGAAUUUCCUUCUAUUGAAAAAGCAGAAGAAAUUGACAAAAAGUUAAAAGAAUUUUACUUCGGAAAUAAAAAAAUAGAUAUGAGUGUAAAAUUUAAGGUGUCUGAUUUGUAUACACACUUGUACUUUGAAAUGCCUGUAAUGUUAGAAGCCGAGUUAUUACUUGAAAAUAAUACGACUCCAGUGUAUAAUUACAUUUUUAACUAUUCUGGUGGAAGGAAUUUCUUAAAAUAUGGACUUGGUUUCGGUAAUCAAAUUGGGGCAUGCCAUACCGAUGAAUUGUUGUAUUUGUUUGAUGGUUAUCUAUGGCCAUAUCCUAUUAACGAUAAAGAUCAACUAAUGAUUGACUCUAUGACUACCAUUUGGACAAAUUUUGCUAAAUAUGGUCAUCCAACACUAUCUUUGUCAGCUACCUUGCCAGUGACGUGGGAACCAAGCACAAGAGACAAGUUACAAUUCCUGUACAUAGACGACCGAUUGAAAAUGGGUCCGAUGCCUAAUCCUGAAGCCUAUCAAAUGUGGCGAGAUAUCUACAAUAAUUACAGAAGAAGAGACUUCAUAAAUACUUAUAACACUGCUUCUCCAUAAAAUUAUUCUGGAAAGUUGAGACAGGUGUCACUCGAGUCACGUGAAGCACAAUAUGGCGAGCGACGCGCCGUGAGCCGCGGACCGACGAGUCAUGAAAUAUUGACGUCACUUCUAAGCAAAAUGCGCCAGAAGUAAAAUUUAAAUUUUCACAAAAUAUGAUAAAGCGCACCUCGGGGAAAACCGGGGGCCAGGAGAGUUGUCAAAGUUUUCGUAGUUGCAAGUUAUGGUCGAACAUUUUGUUGAGAAACCGAAGCAAGAUUUUAUAUUUUCAUGCACAAUCCAUAGUACUCUCAGAGUCUCAGGCCUUCAAUAAAUAAAUACAUUAAAGCAAAAAUGUACAUUAAAAUUAAUACUGUUCAACAAAC